AUGGCCAACGGAGGAAUGUUCCUUUGGGCAACAUUCCUUUCGUACGCAUUGUUCGGCCCUCUGCUCGUCUCCGCCCACCACGGCAACAACCACCACCACCACCACCGCUUAUGGCGGCCGCAUGCCCCGGGCCUCGACAUCAUCAACCGCCCGGUGCAGGAUUUUGACGACUUUGCCAGAAUCAUAAAGGGUAUCGAGGGUGGUGAGUCCCUUCCUCUUCUCCUCAAGCCUGGCAUGCAGAAGCCCAAAAGGCAAGAGCAACACGGUUUGCAGGCUCCGUCUGGACUAAAUCCUGUGGAUGGGUCGGGAAAUGGAGCUCAACAACAAAUCGAGUCGACUUCAGAGCACCAGAUAUUGGAGCCGGCACCAGGAGCCCAGAUAUCGGAGCCAACGCCAGGAGCCCAGAUACCAGAGCCCCUACUGCCAAAUCCCACGACGCCGGGUGCCUUGCUGCCGGAGCCCACGGUGCCGGGGGCACUGCUAGAGGGAUUCUACGAGCAAAGCUGCCCACAGGCCGAGCAGAUUGUGAGCGAGGUGAUCAACAAGAACUUUCAGAAGGACCCUACCCUUGCGCCCGCUCUAAUUCGCCUGUUUUUCCACGAUUGUUUCGUCACGGGUUGUGACGCGUCGAUCCUACUGGACCGGACCCCAACAGGUGAGCCCGUCGAGAAGAUGGCCCCACAAAACGGCAUGUUUGUCCACGGGUUCGAUGCCCUGGACGAGGCCAAGGCCCGGCUCGAGGCCGAGUGCCCCGGUGUCGUCUCGUGCGCGGACCUCCUUGCCUUCGCCAACCGCGACUCCCUUGUCUUCACUGGCGUCCCUUCGUACCCCGUCCCUGCGGGCCGGCGGGACAGUCGGGCCUCCCUCGCGAAAAACACUGAGGCCGACGUGCCCUUUCCAGAGUCCACGGGCCAGGAGAUGAUUCAGCUAUUCGAGCGCAAGGGGCUGACUGUGGAGGAGAUGGUCGUGCUGACCGGGGCCCACUCGGUGGGGUCCGCGCACUGCACAGUCGUGGCCGGAAGGUUCCGGGAUCCGGGAAAGGCGGCGGGUAUCGACCGAGGUUACCUGAUGAAGAUGCAGGUGAUGACGGCGUGCCUGAACGAUACACAGGACAUAGCGUUCGACCCUCUUUCGCAGCAGAAGAUGGAUUCGAGGUUCUACAAGCAGCUGUUAAAGAACCGGGCCUUGCUAGAGUCGGACCAGAACCUGGUGAACGAGCCGAGUGCAAAUCUAGUCAUGAGGAGGUACGCGGACGAUCAGAACGGGUGGAUGGCGAAAUUCGUGGCCAGCAUUACCAAAUUGGGGGCUAUAGAGGUGCUCACAGGGAAUCAGGGGGAGAUCAGGAGACAGUGCAGGGCCGUCAACUGA